UGUUUCUUUCCUUUUGGGCUCUCUUCUUCUGUAUUUUCUUUCUUUUCUUUCCUCUCUCAUUUUCUUUGAAUCAAACCCUUUAUUCCUCACUCAAAUUCAAGAAAAAAGAGGAAAAACAAACACUUUCUCAUUUCACUGAUUGAUUCCCUUCUCUCUUUUUGUACUUUGAAGCCUUUAAAUUUCUUGUAUCAAAUAAUCUUUCUUGAAGUUUUUUCGUCCUAUUUUUGCCCUACAAACCAAAGUUGGACCCAAAGCAAAACAUCCACUCAAUUUCUGUUGAAAUUAUUGAACGUUCUUGAUUUUCCUUUGUUAGGGUGUCAAAGAAGAGUUAGAUAAGCAUGAAAGGAGAAAGAAUGGCAAAAAGAUCAUCAUUUGGUAACAUAAUGAGGAAAAGACUCUCUGAUAUUACCAACACUCAGGCACAACACAAAUUGGUUGGCCUCAUAGUAGAGCAGUCCCAGAUUUCUGAAUCCAAUGAAGACUUAAUUAAUCAGCUUCUUCAGGUGAAACAGGAAAAAGAAAUGCUGCUGAAACUGGUAGAAGAGAGAAAUAAAAUCAUAGAAUUGAGUGGAAAUAAAUUGAGGGAUCUGCGAAUGAAUUAUCAGAAAUUGCAGGCGCAGAACUGGAAUCUUGCUCAAUCAAACAGCCAGAUGUUAGCAGAGCUUAAUUUAGGAAGAGAAAAGCUGAAAGCACUACAACAUGAAAUUGUUUGCAAAGAAGCCUUACUUAAAGUAAAGAAUCUAGGACCACAGGGAAAAGCAGAUAUGAAUUGUCAAAAUGUUGUCUCCCAGGAAGUGGAGAAGAUAGAAGAGGAGGAAUGUGUGCCAGGAGCUGCUAACAAUGAUAUCAAACCUUGUAGUCGCAGCAGAAGGCGCACAGCAAGAAGUCGAUCCAUGGGCCCUUCUACUACAAAUCGACAAACUGUAGAAAAAGAGAAGGCUGAAACCAAAAGGCGUUGUGUGAGAAGGCAAUCUGCUGCUAGCAGAUCACAAGAGCGGGAACCUGCAGAGAACUUGUUCGAGAUUGAGGAUGUUAGAUUUCCAGUCUCUAAUUCAAGUGAUAAAUCAAUGAAAGAAAAUGGUCAAACUUCAUCAUCUAUCACGAAGGAAGAAAUUUGUAAGCCAAGUAACGAAGCGCAAGUAUCGCAUAGAUCCUCUAUUGGAAGGCCAUCACGAAGAGCAGCUGAGAAGGUGCAAUCCUACAAAGAAGUUCCACUCAAUGUAAAAAUGCGCAGAGCAGAAUGAGCAGAAUUCCACAAUGUACAACAGCAUUAGAGGAUUGAUUAUAAGAGUUAUUAUUAUACGUUUUCCAAAAAUACAUUUGUAACCUACGAUUAAUGGUGUUUGUGUUGUCUAUCGAUUGUUGUAUAAGUUCAUGAUUGAUCUAGUUGGAAAAGGGUUUUUAAA